GGGAACUUCUCUAACAGCUGGAAGUCAGAAGAGAACAGCUGGGCGCUGGCUGUGCUGGACCAUCGUUGCCUGUGGUGGCACUUUAGCAAGGGCUAGAGGUAGAGUUUCAGGAUCGGCUCCAACCACUAGACACAAUUCCCUUCUAGAACUUGUGUCUUUCAGUCCUGCAUUCUUCAUUUGCUGAAUACCACCAAGGUCCAUCAUUGUGCACAAAAGUGCUCUGAGCGGGGAAACAGAAGCAGCAAUUCGGGGACCACACGCCAUGGGGAGCAGCACGACGCCCCUGAGUCCCCUGUGCCGGUGGUACAUCUACGCCAUCCACGGCUACUUCACAGAGGUGAUGUUCACGGCCGCCUGGGACUUCAUGGAGGACCAGGACUGGAGGUUCCGGGGGGUGACCAGCGUGUGGGCAUUCUUCAUCUACGGGACGUGCGGCUUCAUCCUGGAACGCAUCUACCUCCAGCAGAGGGAGAAGUGGUGCCUCCUGACCCGCUGCCUGGUCUACACCCUCUGCAUUUACCUCUGGGAGUUCUCCACAGGCUCUGUCCUCCGCCUCUUUGGCGCCUGCCCCUGGGACUACAGCGGGUUCCGCUACCACCUCCUGGGCCUGGUCACCCUGGAGUACGGCCUCUUCUGGUUCGUGGGCUCCCUUCUGCUGGAGAAGCUGGUCAUCUGCAACGCACUCCGGCUCCGGCUGGAGGAGGCGGCCUGGAAGCCUGAGGACAACCUCUUCCCGAGGUUUGCACUUAAAGACGACUGAGCAGCCUCUUGGGAUAUUGGAGAAAGGCGGAGCGCGCCGAGGGGGGCAUCGACCUCUUUCUUUUGGACCCCUCCUGCUGCCGCCGCAGCGAACCCUUCCAUUUCGUGGAUUAUUAAUGCCCAAACCCGUCUCGCUCUCCUUACAGGGUUGGGGACAAAUUCCUGACAGCUGGGAGUAAAGACAUUUUACAGCUUCCUGUCUGUAUAAGCCCCUGAGAUGGCCUCAAAGCACGUGUUGGAUUAGGACCAGGGUGGGAGACCUGCCCUCAAAUCCCCACUAGUAGCUACGAAACUCUGUGGGCGACUUUGGGCCAACUCUUCUCUCGCAGAUGCACCUACCUCACAGGG